UUUUCGUACACACGGCAUCUCGACGCGCACGCAAAUAGCGCUAGAGGUACCGUUUGUGUCGACGAACGACGAGUUGCCGGAUUCCCGUCCAGGCGUGAAAACGCCCGACGAUCUUCAGCGGCCGAUCAUGGCACGGAGCCGGAAGGACAGCACCGCUAGCAAGAGCGAGUCCGAAAUCAGCGAUAAGGACAAGCGCGCUCGGGACAGAAAAAAGAGAUCGGCUUCCUCGUCAAGCAGUGGAAGCAGCUCCUCUGACAGCAGCUCUGGCUCAUCAAGCUCGAGCACUGGAAGUAGCUCGAGGUCUAGUUCCUCUUCCAGUUCAUCAUCCAGUAGUUCUGGAAGUUCUUCUGCAAGUUCUCGUGACAGGGGACGCAAGCGAAGCAGGAGCAAAAGUGCCGAUGUAAGAAGACAUGUGUCCAAGGAGAGAGAAAGGGAAAGGGAUAAGGAAAGGGACAAGGAGAGAGAAAGAGAACGUGAGCGUGAGAGGGAACGCGAGAGAGAACGAGAAAGAGAGCGUGAUAGGGAAAGAGAUCGAGAAAGGGAUAGAGACCGUGAAAGAGAUAGGGAAAAGGAGCGUGAGAGGGAUAGAGAAAGGGACAGAGAACGUGAACGAGAGAAAAAGAAACCAAAUCCUGUUGUAGAGAAGCCAAAACCUAAACAUAGAUCAAGGACUCCUUCUCCACGCAGAAAACCUCGUAGAGAAAGGUCACCACCUCCAAGGCCAACAAAAAUUCAUAUUGGUCAUUUGACACGCAAUGUUACGAAAGAUCACAUUACAGAAAUUUUCUCUACUUAUGGAAAUAUCAAAAUGGUUGAUUUUCCUAUUGACAAAAUACAUCCCACACAUGGACGAGGCUUUGCAUACGUUGAAUUUGAAACUCCUGAUGAGGCAGAGAAUGCUAUGAAACACAUGGAUGGAGGACAAAUUGAUGGUCAGGAGAUCACAGCAGCUCCAGUGCUUAUUCAAAAGUCUCGACCUGCACCAAUCCGUCGGAACUCUCCAAUGAUGAACCGUCGUGGACCACCACCAACUAGGUGGGGAGCUGGUGCAGGCGGUGGCGGUGGUGGUGGUGGUGGUGGUGGUGGUGGUGGUGGUGGUGGUGGUGGUGGUGGAGGAGGUGGCGGUGGCGGUGGACGCGGAAACUCACCACCGCGCUAUAGACGUCGUUCACCACCAAUGAACCGUCGUGGCCGAAGUCCAGCGCGACCACCACCAAGACGCCGUAUGAGAUCUCGUUCGCGUUCACCUGUAAAUAACAGGCGAGACCGGCACAGGCGCUACACGAGGUCCAGUUCAAGUAGUUCGCGGUAAUCGCAUGUGGCAUGAUAGUGCCCGAUGAUACCGAUUACCUCCUGCACACAAACACACACAGCAAUGUAUUUUUAUGAAUAAACCAUUGGUUUUCUUAGUGUGUCAGAGUGUGUGCACGCGAUCUAUUGUGUGGACGCUUUCGUUAGUUUGACGUAGCUCUUUGAAUUUCUACGUUCAGGUGCUUUUAGUUUAAUAAAAGUGUCUAGCAGCAAAUUCAUUAGAGUAUUAUUAUGACUUAUUGCAAAUCUAGAUUCAAUUUAAUGUCAAUUUCUGAUUGUUUGCAUAAAUAUUGAUUACAUAAGCAAUCAAGAAUUUGUCCAAGUCAUUCUACUCUCAAAUGUAAUUGGUCAGACUCUUACUUCUUUAAAAGUAUUAAUUACACGUAUUAUAAGUUUUUGAUUAGAUUUGCAAUUCAUUGCACAACAGUUAACUUUUUAUUACUUAUGAAGUAUCUGUUUUUAUUAUAUGCUGCUAGUCAUUUUUUGUACUACAUUGGUGAGGUAAAAUCUAAAAUACAUGAUUGAAUCAUGCUUGCUCCGAACUAACGAAAGCGGUCUAGGUCGGAAAUAAGGUACUAAAAUACAAUUUAAAUGAACAACAAAAAGGGUAAAUUUUUCGAGGCCCUUUUAGCAUACACAUUACAAUUUGGAAAGCUAUGGCUUUAUAUUAUAAAUAUAUCAAUUGAAAUAAAUAAAUAUGAAAGAUUUUUUUCUCGUUUUUACACACAAAUUUCUUGUAUGUUGUUUUUAUAAUCGCAAUAAAAUUUUCUAUAACUUCAAUAGUGUGAUUGUGAGAAGAUCAGUAUCAGAUCUGCAAGAGUCACUGGUGUUUGUUAAAGUAUGUCAUGAGGGAAUAUGAUGUCUAUAGUAUUUAAGAAUCUAAAAAAUAGUACUUUUUAUCCUUAGUCGUAACUGGACAAAUUUGCGUGUGUAUAUUUUUUGUCUUUUCAAAGAUUGUGAAAAAUAUCUAUAAUGAUAGAUGUCAAGCAGUGCACGAUAUAGGUGAAAAACGUAUGAAAGGUGAUGUAAUUUUGUUAAGAUUAAAUAAAAGUGGACUUUAA